CACGCACCCACCAUUCUUUCCUUCUCUCUCUCUCUCACCAUUGCUGUCUCUUCCAAGUAACAUGGCAACUCUUGCUCGUACAGUGGUUCUGUUGGCCUUCAUUGGCUCUUCAAGUGCUUCUUGGUGCGUUUGCAAGGAUGGAAGUGAUACAAUCCUGCAAAAGACCUUAGGCAAUGCUUGUGGAGCUGUUGGUGAUGACUGUCCUCCUCGACAAAAUGGUCUUUGUUUUCAACCCAACACUCUUAGAGCUCACUGCAACUAUGCCGUUAACAGCUAUUUCCAAAGGAUGGGUCAAGCGCCAGGGUCUUGUGACUUUGCAGGAACAGCCGUAGUUACUGCAUCAAAUCCCAGCACUCCAGGUUGUUCCUACCCAAGCGCCAGCACUGCAGGCACUAGUACAACCCUCGUGACAACAACACCAAGUUCCACUGGCACUAGUUCCUCUCCAUAUAGUACAACACCUGGAGUAUUGGGAGGGAUUGGCAGUGGUAUGGGUCCUUCAGGAGUUGGCACUAACACAGAUGGUAGUGAUGGGGGCUUUAGACUUUUGGAAAGUAGUUUGCUCUCUCCAUUUUCAAUACCCUUCUUUUCACGAUUGGUCAUGAUGCUGUGGUGGGGUUGAAUAAUUAAGUGGCUAUGCAUGACUAUGGCCAUGUCAUGAUGCUGUAUUUCACUCUGCAUAAAUGAGUUUAUGAUUGUGAGUCUGUUAUUUUCUAGGUGUUGGACUAGAGACAUCGAUUUUUGGUUUCUUUUUUUUUAGCUAUUUCUCUCCUACUACUUGGGUAAAAAGAUGGCUUCUGAUUCUUUCCAAGUAGUGCUUUGUUGUUGUUGCAAUUAGACUUGUUUACUCUUCUAUUCUCUAAAGUGUACAUCUGGAUCUAAGAGUUUUGUUGUUAAUUUCAUAAGAAUGUGAGUCUGUAACGCUCCGUGUAUAUACGGUUUGUUAAAG